GCAUGUGCAUGAGGCGCUGCAUACAUUGCUCGUCUGUAUUAUGCAUUAUGCAUUCUGUUUGUAUAUGCGACCGAGUUGCUCUGUACCAAUUUCGUGCAGUGAGUGAUACGAAAGAUAAUAAUCCUUUUUUUCGCGUGUGAUUAUUUUGCAGAUUUUGCAUACAAUCGGCUACGAUCAGGAAAUAAAAUGACAGAAGAGAAAACGGAGUUUGAUUGGGGGAAUGAAAAGUUACAACGCGCUCAGAAGACAGUUGAUGAAUCACCAUAUGAUCUGGAGGCAUGGAGUGUUCUUAUAAGAGAGGCACAGAAUAGACCGAUCACGGAAGUGAGACCAGUAUUUGAAAAACUUGUUUCGGUAUUUCCAUCAGCUGGACGUUACUGGAAAAUUUAUAUAGAGCAGGAGAUGAAAAUGCGGAACUUUGAAAAGGUGGAAAAGCUUUUCCAAAGGUGCCUCAUGAAAAUUUUAAAUAUUGAAUUGUGGAAACUAUAUCUUUCUUAUGUCAAAGAAACCAAAGCAAGUCUAGCUACAUAUAAAGAAAAGAUGGCACAAGCAUAUGAUUUUGCAUUAGAUAAAAUUGGGAUGGAUAUACAUUCAUAUAGCAUUUGGAAUGAUUAUGUCAUGUUUUUGAAGAGUGUGGAAGCGGUUGGAUCAUAUGCUGAAAAUCAGAAAAUCAGUGCUGUACGAAAGGUUUAUCAACGAGGUGUUAUCAAUCCCAUGAUAAAUAUGGAGCAAUUGUGGAAAGAUUACAUGGCAUUUGAACAGAAUAUUAAUCCAAUAAUCGCGGAGAAAAUGGCAAUUGAAAGAUCUAGAGAUUAUAUGAAUGCAAGACGUGUCGCUAAAGAAUUGGAAGCUGUUACGAGAGGUUUGAAUCGAAGUGCGCCCAGUGUCCCACCAACUGGUCAUCCUGAAGAAGUUAAACAGGUUGAAUUAUGGAAGAAAUAUAUUGCAUGGGAACGCAGUAAUCCUUUAAGAACAGAAGAUACAUCGCUCGUUGCUCGUAGAGUUAUGUUCGCAAUUGAGCAGUGUCUUUUAUGUUUGGGUCAUCAUCCUGCGGUAUGGCAUCAAGCGGCACACUUCUUAGAACUGAGUUCUAAGAUAUUGACGGAAAAAGGUGACGUGAAUGCGGCUAAAAAUCUCAGCGACGAGGCAGCUACUAUGUUUGAAAGAGCAACGAACACAUUGUUAUCGAAGAACAUGUUACUGUAUUUCGCGCACGCGGAUUUCGAAGAGGGUAGAGUGAAAUACGAAAAAGUACAUCAGAUAUAUCAAAAGUUUCUUGAUAUACCUGAUAUAGAUCCUACCUUGGCAUAUGUGCAAUAUAUGAAAUUUGCAAGAAGAGCCGAAGGUAUAAAAUCUGCGAGGACAGUGUUUAAACGAGCACGAGAAGACACAAGAUGUAAACAUCACGUUUACGUCGCUGCUGCGUUAAUGGAAUAUUACUGUACUAAAGACAAAAAUAUAGCAUUCCGUAUAUUUGAAUUAGGCUUAAAAAAAUUUGGGGAUAAUCCUGACUACAUUCUGUGUUACAUAGAUUAUUUGUCACAUUUAAAUGAGGAUAAUAACACAAGAGUUCUUUUCGAGAGAGUAUUAUCUUCUGGUAGCUUAGAGCCAGAAAAAUCAGUUGAUAUAUGGAAUCGUUUCUUAGAAUUCGAAUCUAAUAUUGGCGAUCUAGCUAGUAUAGUUAAAGUUGAGAAAAGACGAAGUGCAGUAUUGGAAAAAAUUAAAGAAUUUGAAGGCAAAGAGACUGCCCAGUUAGUAGAUAGAUACAAAUUUUUGGACUUGUAUCCUUGUACACCUAUGGAACUAAAAUCAAUUGGAUAUAUGGAGGUAUCUAAUGUUGCUAGAAAUUCCAUUGGCACUAUACCCCGUGUACCUGAUCCAGAAGAAGCGAUUGCCGCUUUACCUAGACCAGAUUUGUCACAAAUGAUCCCGUACAAACCGAAAGUGAAUCCUCUGCCUGGUGAACAUCCAGUACCAGGCGGUUCCUUUCCGUUACCACCAGCUGCAGCUCAAUUGUGCACCAUGUUGCCCCCACCUGGUUGUUUCAGAGGCCCGUUUGUUGCCGUUGAUUUACUCAUGGAUGUUUUCAGUAGAAUUCAAUUACCUGAUCACGCUCCAUUGCCAGUAGCGGAUAAUGGGUGCGACACAAAGCUGUUCGAUCUCGCGAAAUCUGUGCAUUGGAUCGUUGAUGAAAGUAACGAUGGUAUGAGCAUCGGAUCUAAACGAAGACGAACGCGUUUAGGUGGGGAUGAUAGCGAGGAGGAAGAUUUACCGCCUCCACCUGUAAAUGAUAUUUAUCGCCAAAGACAACAGAAGCGAGUCAAAUGAACAAAAGAGAUAAAUAAGUGAUAAGAGAUAUGAAUAAACAUGAUAUAAAUAUGGCUUCCGACGUCGGCGUGGAUAUAUUUUUAUCAUUUCAUUUUUUGCGCGACCAUCGUUAACUGUCGGGAGAAAUAGACGUACUAUAUAUCCGCGAGAUAUACGUUAUAUGUGUACGUUUAUUAAAUUUUUUAUGUGACACUGUGCACGAUAUUUCGAGUACUAUGUACUCAAAAAUUUGAUCUUCUAAGAUCUAAGAACUAUAUUUGGAUCUUAAUUUUAUAUUCUUCAUAUACAUAUAAUUGUUCAUAAAAUUAAAAAUAAUUUGAUAGAGAUGCAAUAUCGAAUGUCCGUUAUACUCGAUAUAUUACUUCUCAUCAAUGUAAGUAAUAAGUAAUUAGUAUUAUAUAUCUAUGGUUAUAUAUAAUGAGACUAAAAUAUAAAAUAAUAUAUAUUAUUUUUUAAAUAAAUCAUUGAUCUACACAAAAAUACAAAAGAGAAAAUAUUGUUUAUAAUUUAUAAAUAAGCAAAUUUCUGUGAUUCAUACCCUCUAUAAACUCUAUCGACAUAAUUUUGGCUGAUAAACAUUAAUGUUCAGAUUAUAAUGAGAUUACGGAAUAAAAUCAUUGUACAAAGCGAUUUUGCUAUAUCCAAUCUGCGUGUAAUUUUUGUUAUAACUGUCACCGAAGGAUUGCAUUUAAUAUUUUUAUUUUAUAGAAACUUAAAUCUAUGUAAUUUAUUAUACAGGACCACAAUAAACGUGAUAUUAAAUUA